GAAAACACUCGUCCCAGCGUUCCUUUGAUCCUUUGAUCGCCCACGAUGACCAGUGAUGCCAAAGUGGUGGCCACGGAUUGCACGGAGGCACAUUUGACCAGUGGCUCCGCCGAGCAUCAGAAGUUCUCUGGAGAUACGGGCGAUAAGUUCUCCUCGCCCUUCGCAUUCUCUCAAGCCGGCCCCGAAAUCGUUGCCAGCGCGUCGCCGAUGACCGCAAUGUACGUCGCUCAAAGUCCGCUUCCGACCUCAGUGGCGCCGCCUGAAAGCUUUCAACAGGGGCACGUGGAAGUCACUCACAUGACGUGGCAGCAACCCAUGCCCAUGCAGAUGCCGAUGGCAUCUGGGAUGCCGGGGCCGCUGAUGCCAGGCAUGCCAGGUAUGCCAGCCAUGGGUGUUCCACCCAUGGCUGGUCUGGCUCCUGGGGCUCCUGGUUUGGUUGUCGAAGGCUGGCUCUCCAAACGCGCCCAGGACAUGGGGAAGACCUGGAUGAAUCGCUGGUUCGCGCUGCACCACGACGGAGUACUAUGCUAUGGCAAGGAACAACACUCACAAGACCUGAAGAAGAUCGUUCUGGACAAGCUGACGAAAGUGCGUCCCUUGAUUCAUCCCACUGCUACUGAAGAGGGCAGACGCGUGGGAGUCAAGAAACCCUUUGGCAUCGAGAUUUAUCAAGGUGCAGGCCGGAGGACGUGGUAUUUGGAUGCAGGAUCAAAGGAAAAGCGUGAUUUGUGGUUGAACAGCCUUCAUAUGGUACUUGUACAGACAGGUGGUGGGGGCUACUGAGACAGCCGCGGUGCGCGGUCGGUGCGGUGCGUUGAACCCCCAAAGCGAAGCUUUGAGGAUGUUUGGGCGUUGUGGCCACCUCGAGCUGGUGCAUACAAUGUCU